AUAACCUUAAUAUUUUUCAGCAGCUUUUAGGUCCACUGUAAAAAUGUAUUAGUAGCUUCCAUAUAUUUAUAAUCAUGUCUUCGCACGACUACGGCGUCGAAAACUUCAUUUUAAACAGCAGUAUAUGCAAUGUCAGUAUCGAAGAUAAUGUAUUAGUGAUAAAUUUCCUGCCAGAUGAAAAUACAGAUAAAAACAAUUCUGCAAAGCCACGGAAACUUAUUCCAUUCUCGGAAAUAUUAUCUGUGAAAUUUACUCAGCCGGAGAAUCUUACAGAAAAAAAAAGAGGAUUGAAUUUUAUAAAGAAAACAAAAGUUUUUUGCGUCGAGAUUAAAACUGUUAAAAAAUGCAAGGAUUAUCGAUGGAAACUUACAACGGUGAAAUUAAAAUCCGCAAAUGAUGGAUUUUGUAAAUACUGGGUUGAUAUUUUUAACAAAAAAUUAUCUAAAAUUAGUGAUUGCCGCCCAAAAACGCUGUUAGUAUUUGUAAACCCAUUUGGGGGUAACGGUGAAGGGGUGAAUAUUUACGAGAAAAAAGUUAAACCUAUUUUUGACGAAGCUAAAAUAAAAACAGAGACAAAACAAACUGCCUUCCGGCAUCAUGCGAAAACAUUUAUAGAAACAAAAGAUUUGUCCGUAUAUGAUGGUAUCGUAGCAGUGGGAGGGGAUGGGAUGUGUAACGAGAUCAUAAAUGGACUUUUAUGCCGAACACAAUUUCAACAAGGUGUUGGUAUACAUUCUGAGAAGGGAAACCCUCGCCAAUGUCCGAAGUUUGUUCGUCCAGAUUUGAGAGUUGGAAUCAUACCUGCUGGGUCUACAGACUGUAUAAGUUAUGUAACGCAAGGAAUAAACGACCCAGAGACGUCUGCGUUACACAUAGCUCUCGGCGACUCUCAUCCAGUUGAUGUGGUCUCCCUGCACAACUCAGAUGGUUUACUUGCACAGUUCUCAAUGUCUUUGAAUGGUUACGGAUACUUCGGUGACAUGAUGCGUCAGAGUGAGCAUUUAAGAUGGAUGGGGCCUCCUCGAUACUCACUUGCGGGAGCGAAUGUUUUUUUGAAGAACAAAUCCUACAGCGGGGAGGUUCAUUAUGUGCCAGCAGAGUGUAAAGAAGGUCCUAAAAGCCUAAGUUUUUGCCGAACACCGUGUGAAAUUUGUCAGGAUGGAUUGGCCGACAGGAAAUCAUCUUUAUUCACUCCUGUGACCCCUAGCUCCUCAUUUAUAGACGCUGAGCAGAAAGGUCUGACGUUCGACUGUGAUGGUGAGAACGAAAUCCCUGGUGAAUCUGCAAUUGAUGACACAUUGAAUAACAAAGAAAAAGUAACUGAGCAUGACGUCUGUCGCGAUGAGGAAUCAACGCUUCCUGGUACCUCAGAUCUUUUGGAUUCUGGGAUCCAAGAAGAUAUGACAGAGACAAAGAAGAAUGAGUCAGCAAUUUUUAUUAAACGAGAAAGCAUGACUCAUGAAAAAGUUUCAGAUGGACUGAAUGAUGAUAAUGAAAUUGCUGCUCAAGUUACAGAGCUUGAAGGCCACAGAGAUGCGGCCAUUGAAGAUGAACACAAUAUUGUCGAGAACGGCAAAGAUUUAUUUAUGACACAAAAAUUAGAUUGUGAUGCAAUAAAGAGUAUUAGCACUCGGCCUAUUAGUCUGGAACUGAAGAAUUCAACCGUAUUUGAGGAUAAAGAAGAAUGGAAGAUAAUCCAAGGCGACUUCAUGGCAGUUAAUGGAGUCUCAAUGUCAUGUGCAUGUGAGCGGGCACCGUUGGGAAUUUCUCCUUACUCCCAUCUCUCGGACGGAGCGCUUGAUUUGAUUCUCGUCAGAUCCUGCUCAAGAUUUGACUUCUUGCGAUAUUUAGCUGUUCAUGCUGGGAGGGGUGACAGGUUUGAUUUUCCUUUUAUUGAAGUUCAUCGAGUGAAAGCGUUCCAGUUUAUACCGUCCGUAACGCCGACACAAGCGAUGAUAGAGAACGCAUAUUCACCUCCAGAUUCACCACAUGAGGUCAGUAGUGGGGGUGAGUCUAUACAUAUAAGCCUCGAAGAACUGAGCGUUCACUAUAAUCGUAAAAGCGGGAAAAAAAAGAAGAAAAACAGACGAAGAUCAAUGAAACGGACUCAGAGCGAAGCCGCUAAUAUGCAAAGCACUUGGAAUUCUGAUGGAGAAAUAGUUACAGAUCCUAACAUGACUGUCCGUGUGCAUAGAGGGUUAAUUUUAAUGUUUUGCAGGGGUAUAGAGGGUUAAAUGAAAUGAUAGAAUAUCUUAUAGGUAAUUAUUUUGGUAUUACUUCGGCAAUUACCAAUUUCAGAUAUCAUCAAAAUUUUCUUAGAAAUACAAAUCAUGCAAUUACCUUACCACUUUUGGGAAUAUGGCACUGACUUUAAAUAUAUGAGACUAUUUCGUAGAGCAAUGGUUCUUGAACCAAGGCCUGCGUAUUGAUUUAAUAUGGCCUGUCGAACUUCCCUAAAUUUUUGCGUUUUGGGAUACUGCCAAUUGGGCGCUCCAGAAGUAUGUGUACCAAUAUGGAGGUAACUAAUUUUGUUCACCUAUUUUACAUCAAGUUGUGUAAAGGGACUGACACCCAUGGGCAGGGGGUAUAUUCACU